AUGUCUUCUUCCCUUUUACACGACCAUGUCUUCUUCUCUUUGACACGGACCUGGCUGCCUCCAGAGCUCUACGCCAUCUGGGAGGCCUACCCGUGGCGUCUGGGGGAGAUCUUCUGCUACCUGCGUCAGAGCAUGCUGGAGUCUUCCUCUUACGCUUCAGUUCUCACCAUCACCGCCUUCACCGUAGAGAGGUACCUGGCCAUCUGCCACCCACUGCUGGCGCACAAGAUAUCGGCUCUAUCUAGGGCAGUGAAGAUCAUCAUCUCCAUUUGGGUCGUCUCCCUCCUGGUGGCCUUGCCCUACUCCAUCCACACCCGCAUCUACAACGCUGUCAUCAUCCAGAAGAGCCAGCUGGCCGUUCCCGACUCCCUCAUUUGCAGCAUCCCGUCCAGCGACCUCAACGGUUUCAUGUACUACAUGUUCCAGGUGUCCACAUUCCUGUUCUUCGUGGGGCCGGUGACGAUCAUAAGCAUCUUGUAUAUUCUCAUCGGUAUAGCCCUGCGUCGGUCACCUCUGGGUCGCUGCUCGCCAGAUAAUAAGGGCAGUGGCAUGAAGAAUGGGCCGUCGUCGUCUUCGUCGUCGUCGUCGCCGCAUCAUCACAAACAGCAACAACAACCACGUCGGGUGGUGAUACGUAUGCUUGUUGCAGUCACUGUGGCCUUCAUCGCCUGUUGGGCUCCUUUCCACGCCCAGCGGCUGAUGGUUCUCUACGUCGUCCACUGGACGCCCCAGCUCCACAUCAUUCAGUCGCACAUAUUUUACAUCUCAGGUGUUCUAUAUUUUGUCAGUUCUACCGUGAACCCCAUUUUGUACAAUGUGAUAUCAAAGAGAUACAGGGCGGCGUUCAGACAGACUAUAUUUCCCUGCUGCCACACCAGGAUGGCCCGCGGCAGCACGAGCACCGCUAGACCCUCGGAUCACUUCUCCAGGACUCAAGCCUUGGUGGUGCUAAAGAAUAGCAGCGACAGCAUGAGGUUUGUGUUCAGGAAGCACGCCAACGAUGACGCCCUCAGGGACUACGAGACGAUACCUCUCAACAGCACUAGAAGAAGCACGAUGAUGGACGAUGACGACAUCGUCAGCAUCCACCCGGCCACAGCCAGCUCGGCCAGUUCCUGCGGCAGCGUCCAUCUCAUGGUCAAAUCCUCGACGAUCAGGAACAGUUACAGCGCUGAGUACCUGCACAAGGAGGCAUCCAGUUCCGUCCCCUGCUUCCAGGGGUCGCCAUGUUACUUUGACAACACCACUAGCGCGGACAGAGAACAUUUUUGCUACGUACUUCACAAUAAAAUGGCAGCCGAGGUGAUAAAUAAAGCGCAGAAACCGCGGAAUUGCUAUGCUUGUGAUAUUAAUGGGCACGUUUCCAUGAAAACAGAACCUGCAGUGGGCGUUUAUGACUCAACAAAGAGCUCUAUAGUUCGGUAA